GCAUCACAAGAGCAUCCCAGCACUUCGCCAACUGUCCUCUGACCAUCUGCCCGAGCGCGUCGCCUGCUGCCACCAUCGCCAUGGAACCCCAGUGCUCGAUCGUCACCAACGCCCUCGCUUGCACCAUUUGCGGCAAGCCCUUCACAAGUACUCCGGCAUACAAGCGACAUGUCAACUAUUGCUCGCAGGCCCAGAAGCGGCCUCGUAAGCGCAUGCGGUCUUGCCUCGCCUGCAGCGCUGCCAAGCACAAGUGCUCGUUCGGCCACCCGUGCACACGCUGCGCGGCGCGAGCCAUCGCUUGCCACUACCAACAGCGUGGCUUGCCAGUAUCAGGGGCAACAACACCACCACCUACUGGGUCUGACCUGAUCUCGCCCAUUACAAUCCAGCACAGUCAUGGGCCUGGAGCACAGCGUCUCCAAAGCACGGUCUUGGAACCAGACCUGGCGUGGAGAAAGGCGGAGAUUCUCCCUGCUGAUGAAGUUACCGCCAUGGCCAGGCUUGCAUUCCAGGAAAUCAGCUAUGACGAACUCAAGACUUUCUACGAUGCCCUUAUGAAAAACGAGAAUGUGUCCAGCACCGCUUUCAUCAUGAUGGGCACCCUCCUGCCUGGCAUGUCUUCUGCAGCAAGCUGCACCAUUCGGGGCUUCAGCCCUAAUUCAACCAGUGCCUCACUAAAGGUCGAGGAUCUCGUACUUCCAGGCCGGAUCAUGCCGCAUUGUACGCCGCAGCUUUCGAUCGACGAUGGGAAUCUUCUGAAGCGACGUGCUGCCUUGCACAGCCUGACUCGGAACCAGAUCCCAGGAAAUGGCUACAGGCUACCGCCCACUCUACAGCCUCGCCACAAUGUGCGGCCAUUGGAUUUGGUACGCCAUGAUGCCAUCUUCUACAGCAGCAGCAGAGGCAUCGUGGAGUGCCUGCGAUCCUACCCAUUCAUGAUGACGCGACGCAAGUCGUUUCCGCCCAUCAUUCACCAAUAUUGCGAUUCUGUUGCCACUCUGCCAGAGGCUCUCUCGCAGUGUGCCGAAAUUGCGAGGCUGUUCAUCCAGUCUCCCCAAGGCGAGCGGCAGGAGGUCUGGGCCAAGAUCAGUGCCCAGCAAGCCAUUUUUCGUGCCAAUAUUGACAUCUCGUCCAAAAUGGACAUUGUCAGCCAGAUCCAGGCAGAUUUGAUCUAUGUACUGAUGCGUGCCCUGGACGACCAAUCGCCAAGCCUUGUCAUCGGCUUAGAAGAUUUAGAAGUUCACCAGCUACUUGCCAUAAAAUCGAUAAACCUGAUCGAGUUCGAAAGCAUCUUGCUCCUGAUGAACCCGUGGCGUGAUACCUCGUGGGCCGAAUGGGUUUACGACGAAACGCGUCGCAGACUGGCAUGCUUGUGGUUCAUCAUCAGCCGUGUCGUGGACAUCCGUCACGGGGUAUGGUGCCCGGGACUUCAAGGAUGCCGAGACAUGCCCCUCCCUGCGCCCAAAGCACUAUGGGAAGCGAGAAGCGAGGCGGAGUGGCGCGAGGAGCGUCGAGAAAUUGAGGCGCGGUCUGGCUCGAUGCUGACGACCAUUGGUGAUCUCCUGGACGCCCGCGAGGCUGGAACCGCUGGCCAGCGUGCGCUUUCGAUGUGGUAUGCCGAAUGUGACAGCUUUGGUCACCUUCUUCGGCUAGCAGUGUCUCUGAUAUGAGCUACGCACAAACCGCCACUGCGCCUAAUGCCCUGUCGUGGUGGUGGUAUGCAGUAAACUUAGUGGCAGCUGUGCGGGCAAGUGCUUAAUCCGCCACGGGUGACGUCGGAGUGUUGCUGCCGCUUCCCAUGAAGCCCCACCACAAUCACCGCGCGCCGGCCCCUGUGGCUCCCAUGAACACCCGAAACCACCCGGACCACGGAUCCGGGCCCCGUACAUAUUGUCUCGGCCAUGUUGAUGUCAACACAUG